UCUAUCGGCGCGUUAUCGUUGCGGAGCAGUCGAGUCGAUGUCCGGGGCGGUGGUCACGAGGGGGCCGGGUCACACUGUGGGGCGGCUACUCGGCCUCGUCGCCAACGCCCUCAGUGGCACUGGUACGAGGUAUAAAGCAGCAGCCGUGGCGCCCCACCGCAGCAUCAGCACCACCACCACUGGCCUCCCUCCCCUCACACACCUCCCCAUGACCCACAGCGACAUCAUCGUCAUCGGUGGUGGCCUCUCGGGCCUGUCGGCCGCGCGCAAGCUCCACGAAGCAGGCAAGACCGUCACCGUACUCGAGGCGCGCGACCGCGUCGGCGGCAAGACGUGGUCUGUGCGUACCAAGGCCGGCGGCAACGUCGAGCUCGGCGCCGCGUGGAUCAACGAGCACACGCAGCCGACUAUCACUAGGCUGGCGGAGGAGGCAGGUAACCGGUACUUCGAGCAGAACGUCGACGGGUCGGCGAUCGUGUACCACUCGCGCUCGGGAGAGCGGGCUUUGUUCCCCGGCGCGACGGUCAACGAGCUCGACCCCAAGGACCCACUCUACACACUCAAGACGCAGCUGCAGGCGCUAUCUGACAGCGUCGACCUGGCCGACGUGUCGCGCACCCCGAACGCGCAGGAGCUCGACGAGCUCAGCGCGUACACGUGGUUCCGGGAGGCGGGGGCCACGCCACAGCAGAUCCACGAGGACCUCGAGCCGAUCGUCGGCACGAUCUGGGGCGGGACCGCGCGCGAGAUCUCGUUCCUCUACCUCCUGCACUACGUCAAGACGUGCGGCGGCUGGGUGUCCCUCAUCUCGGACAACCACAAGGGCGGGCAGUACCAGCGCACGCGGAACGGCAACCAGUCCAUGUCGCUCUACCUCGCGUCGCUGCUCCCCGAGGGCACGGUCCGCCUCGAGCACCCCGUCUCGAGCGUGACUCGCACGCGCGACAUUGUCGUCGUCGGUACGCGCUCCGGCGCGAGCUUCACCGCCGACGCAGUCAUCCUCGCGCUCCCGACCCCGCUGUACUCCAACAUCCGGUUCGAGCCCCAGCUCCCUCUGCUCCAGCGGCAGGCGGUCGAGCGCUCGUUUGUCGGCUACUACUGCAAGGUCAUCCUCGUGUACGACCGCCCGUGGUGGUACGAAGCGGGGUACUCUGGCUCAAGCUUCCUCCCCGACGGGCACGUGGCGAUCACGCUCGACUCCUCGGAUGGAAUCUAUGCUCGCGGGCUGGACGCGCGCGGCAUGGCGCCAAGGCAGUACUCGCUGACCUGCUUCGUGACCGACCAGCGCGGGCUCAAGUGGUCCCAGCUGCCCAAGGCCGAGCGGCACGCGGCGGUCAUCGCUGAGGUUGGCGCGGCCUUCCAGCGCCCGCAGGACGCAGCGCACCCCGUCGAGAUCUUCGAGCUCGAGUGGAUCAACCAGGAGUGGUCGCGCGGCGCCCCCGUCGCACUGUACCCGCCCGGCCAGUUCCUCCUCCUCGCGCAGGCGUCCGGUGCGCCGACCGACCGCCUCUUCUUCGCGGGCACAGAGAAUUCGCCUUCGUGGAAGGGAUACAUGGAGGGCGCGGUCAUCGCCGGUCGCAACGCCGCGGGCCAGGCAAUCGAGUGGCUCAACGGGCCUGGGAGGAAGGGCAAGCUUCGCCGCGGAGAGGUUGUGGCGGGCAAGCUGUAG